AUGGUAUCGACUCCUAGACUGCCUCCUACAACCCAAUUCUUGAAAUCAUACCACGAUCCUUGAGAUCCACAUCGGAAACAAUGGAAAACCCCACUGUUUAAUUUGAAGCCUAAAGUAUACAUAUUCGUUCUAUCCUCAUUAUGAGGUUUUGGGCACAAAGGGCAAUAUUUUACUUGAAAACCAUUAGAAUUUUCUUUAUAUUCUAACUGAUGGCGGUGGAAAAAGUCUUGUAUUUCUGCAUUAGAGAUUAGGUAA